CAAUAUUGUUUGCUUGCUUGCGUCAGGAUUUUGAUUGAUUUUUUUUUGGACACAACAUGAAGCUGUGAAAUAUAAUACAAUUUGGGACAACUCCUUGGCCAUGAAUACCGCCUGUACUUUUUUGUCUUAUUGCACUGGAUUGCAGUAGAAAGUGAAACAUUCCUGUUAUUAUGGCACAAGUUACACACACUAAAUAUUUGUUUUAAUUAAAUUACCAAUGUUUUUGAACAGUAAAAAAAGUGAAGGCAGGUUACCAGCUCAGGUUAAACUUACCCAGUGGAAACAUUUGAAUAGGCUCAUGUAAGCUAUGGUGUUAGAUAGGACGUAGUUUACAGAAAGUCUUGUGUCCGCUUAUUUUACUGAAGCAUAUAUCUUUAAAGUGAAUCAUUACAGUGUGUAUGUGUGUGUGUUUGUUUGUGUGUGCAUGUGUGUGUGUGUGUACACGCACACCUGUGGUCUGUCCCCUCCCAGAGUAUUAGAGCUAAUCAGCUUGACUCUGCAGCACAGAUCUCCACUUUAUAGGGAUAUGCUAAUCUUAAAUGACAGAACCAAUGCGUUAGCUGUAGCUCAGCAGGAACCUCCUGAAGCUCUGAUAGCAAACCCUCAGUUCGGUCAUGCUCGAACCAGAACAUGGCCCUAUGAUGCAGGUGGAGCACACCCAUACAAGGUGUUGGGUGUGUGUGCUGAGCUGCCUUCUGCUCGCCUGCCUGUACGUUGGCAGCUUGUACGUCUGGAGAAGCAGCUUACCCAGGGAUCAUCCCGGUUUGAUAAAGCGUCGCUGUGCCAGUGUGCUGCUGGUCUCUGCACUGUCACCUGCAGUGGUGAAGGCAUGGAUGCACUGGGCUGAUGUCAAGGUCGAUGCGUCUGUGUGGCAGUUGAUGGGAGUUCGUUUGGAAGGUCUGGUUCCUGCAGCCGUACUGCCACUACUUCUAACCGUGGUAUGUCCGAGAGUCUCAACCCAGAUUGUAUUUUAUCUCGGCCCCCUGGUUCAUUCUGUGAUAGACAACCCCGACGGCUUCACACUGCAGUCUGCACUAAAUGUUCAAUCAUGGAUGCUGUGUGUGGGAGAUGCAGUGUGGCUCAGGAACCAGGUGGUGGCACCGGUGACGGAGGAGCUGGUGUUCAGAGGGGCCAUGCUGCCCAUGCUGGUGCCCUGCACAGGACCCACAGCUGCCAUCUUCAUGGCCCCUCUGUUCUUCGGUGUUGCCCACUUCCACCAUAUCGUAGAGCAACGUCGCCUCCACAAGGACAGUAUGAGUGUCAUCCUCUUGGUGUCAGGGAGUCAGUUCUUGUACACAACUGUGUUCGGUGCCUUCACUUCCUUUAUAUUCAUGAGAACUGGUCACGUUGUGGGUCCAGUUUUGUGCCAUUCGUUCUGUAACAGUCAAGGGCUGCCUGACAUCAGCUCGGCCCUGCAACACCCUCAGCGGUCUGCUCUACUUUUCUCGUAUCUGAUGGGGCUGCUGCUCUUUCUGCUGCUUCUCUUCACGCUGACAGACCCCUUCUUCUAUGGUGCCAUUCCUGUCUGCAGCCUGGCUACCCCCGCAGCGUCGGCAUGCUAGAUUAAAUUAAAUUAAAUAUACUCCUCUUAAAACUUCUUGUUUUUAU